AUGAUCGACUCUCAGAAAGGCAGCGACACAAAGACAGGAGAGGAACAGACUAAAGGUACCUGCCGAACACACACCUGUUAACUACUGUUACAAACACACACCUGGAAACUACUGUUACAAACACACACCUGUUAACUACUGUUACAAACACACACCUGGAAACUACUGUUACAAACACACACCUGUUAACUACUGUUACAAACACACACCUGUUAACUACUGUUACAAACACACACCUGUAAACUACUGUUACAAACACACACCUGUUAACUACUGUUACAAACACACACCUGUAAACUACUGUUACAAACACACACCUGUUAACAAUUCACCACCCCCCACCCCCCACACAGGACUGACCGAUCAUGAGAUCUUGUCUCAGGCCAUGAUCUUUAUCUUUGCCGGCUACGAGACCAGCAGCAGUACUCUGAGUUUCCUGGCCUAUAACCUGGCUAAAAACCCACAUGUCAUGACCAAACUGCAGGAGGAGUUAGAUACUGUGUUCCCCAUCAAAGUAACCCCCACACCAUGACCAAACUGCAGGAGGAGAUAGAUACUGUGUUCCCCAACAAGGUAACCCCCACACCAUGACCAAACUGCAGGAGGAGAUAGAUACUGUGUUCCCCAACAAGGUAACCCCCACACCAUGACCAAACUGCAGGAGGAGAUAGAUACUGUGUUCCCCAACAAGGUAACCCCCACACCAUGACCAAACUGCAGGAGGAGAUAGAUACUGUGUUCCCCAACAAGGUAACCCCCACACCAUGACCAAACUGCAGGAGGAGAUAGAUACUGUGUUCCCCAACAAGGUAACCCCCACACCAUGACCAAACUGCAGGAGGAGAUAGAUACUGUGUUCCCCAACAAGGUAACCCCCACACCAUGACCAAACUGCAGGAGGAGAUAGAUACUGUGUUCCCCAACAAGGUAACCCCCACAACAUGACCAAACUGCAGGAGGAAAUAGAUACUGUGUUCCCCAACAAGGUAACCCCCACACCAUGACCAAACUGCAGGAGGAGAUAGAUACUGUGUUCCCCAACAAGGUAACCCCCACACCAUGACCAAACUGCAGGAGGAGAUAGAUACUGUGUUCCCCAACAAGGUAACCCCCACACCAUGACCAAACUGCAGGAGGAGAUAGAUACUGUGUUCCCCAACAAGGUAACCCCCACAACAUGACCAAACUGCAGGAGGAGAUAGAUACUGUGUUCCCCAACAAGGUAACCCCGGUGCCAGAUGUGGUAAGGUACUGAUGUAUGUGUAACCCCGGUUCAGGCUCCUAUCCAGUACGAAGCUCUGAUGCAGAUGGAGUAUCUGGACAGUGUGUUGAACGAGUCUCUGAGACUGUAUCCCAUCGCCCCCCGACUGGAGAGGGUCGCCAAGAAGACGGUGGAGAUCAACGGCAUCGUCAUCCCCAAAGACUGCGUUGUCAUGGUUCCCACGUGGACACUCCACCGCGACCCAGAGAUCUGGUCCGACCCUGAGGAGUUCAAACCAGAGAGGUACUGGACCGCACCGUAACCACGGCACAACCAUAUCACAACCACAGCACAGCCACAACACAAGCACUACUUUACCACAACACAAGGAUAAACACACUGCUGCAAUGUAACCACAAAUACAGUGCAUCAUUAUACUGCAAUGCAAUGUGUUGUGUCUGAACCACAACCACAAAUCAACUACAAUACAAUGUGUAAUGUGAUUGAACCACAACCACAAAUCAACUACAAUACAAUGUGACUGAACCACAACCACAAAUCAACUACAAUACAAUGUGUAAUGUGACUGAACCACAACCACAAAUCAACUACAAUCCAAUGUGUAAUGUGUCUGCCUUCUCCCUGUCCAGGUUCAGUAAGGAGAACAAGGAGUCUAUUGACCCGUACACGUACAUGCCGUUCGGGGCGGGGCCCAGGAACUGUAUCGGGAUGCGUUUCGCCCUGAUCAUGAUCAAACUGGCCAUGGUCGAGAUCCUCCAGAGUUUCACAUUCUCCGUCUGCGACGAGACCGAGGUGAGACGCUCACCUGAGCAGAUGGAAUAUGACAUCAUCAAAUAUCAGUAUCAUUCAAAACCUCUUGUUUUAACAUGGUCACCACCUAUUUUAACAUGGUCACCACCAGUUUUAGCAUGGUCAUUACUUGUUUAACACGGUCACCACCUGUUUUAACAUGGACCUGUUUUAACAUGGACCUGUUUUAACAUGGACACCACCUGUUUUAACAUGGCCACCGCCUGUUUUAACAUGGUCACCGCCUGUUUUAACAUGGUCCCCACCUGUUUUAACAUGGUCACCACCAGUUUUAGCAUGGUCAUGACUUGUUUAACACGGUCACCACCUGUUUUAACAUGGACCUGUUUUAACAUGGCCACCGCCUGUUUUAACAUGGUCACCGCCUGUUUUAACAUGGUCACCACCUGUUUUAACAUGGUCACCACCUGUUUUAACAUGGACCUGUUUUAACAUGUUCACCACCUGUUUUAGCAUGGUCACCACCUGUUUUAGCAUGGUCACCACCUGUUUUAACAUGGUCAAUGCCAUCGUUGCAAAUAUAGAAGAAUAAGGAAGAAUCUGAAUUGUCUUUCCUUGAUUCCUCAUGUUCUCUAUCCUCACCUCCUCCUCAAAACCCAUUGGAUGAGAAGGAAUACGAGGAAUCAAGGAAAUGCAAUUGAGAUUCUCCCUUGUCCUGUAUUCAACUCUGAAACCUGUUUUAACAUGGACCUGUUUUAACAUGGUCACCACCUGUUUUAACAUGGACCUGUUUUAAAAUGGUCACCACCUGUUUUAACAUGGACCUGUUUUAACAUGGUCACCGCCUGUUUUAACGUGAACCUGUUUUAACAUGGUCAACACCUGCUUUAAAAUGGUCACCACCUGUUUUAGCAUGGUCACCACCUGUUUUAACACAGACCUGUUUUGGCAUGGUCACCACCUGUUUUAACAUGGUCACAACCAGUUUUAACAUGGUCACCACCUGUUUUAGCAUGGUCAACACCUGUUUUAGCAUGGUCACCACCUGUUUUAACAUGGACCUGUUUUAGCAUGGUCACCACCUGUUUUAACAUGGACCUGUUUUAGCAUGGUUACCACCUGUUUUAACAUGGACCUGUUUUAACAUGGUCACCACCUGUUUUAGCAUGAACCUGUUUUAAAAUGGUCACCACCUGUUUUAGCAUGGACCUGUUUUAACAUGGUCACCACCUGUUUUAACAUGGACCUGUUUUGGCAUGGUCACCACCUGUUUUAACAUGGUCACCACCUGUUUUAACAUUGUCACCACCUGUUUUAGCAUGGUCACCACCUGUUUUAGCAUGGACCUGUUUUAACAUGGUCACCACCUGUUUUAGCAUGGUCACCACCUGUUUUAACAUGGUCACCACCUAUUUUAACAUGGACCUGUUUCAGCAUGGUCACCACCUGUUUUAAAAUGUCACCACCUGUUUGAACAUGGUCACCACCUAUUUUAGCAUGGACCUGUUUAAACAUGGUCACCACCUGUUUUAGCAUGGUCACCACCUGUUUUAACAUGGACCUGUUUUGGCAUGGUCACCACCUGUUUUAACAUGGUCACCACCUGUUUUAACAUGGUCAGUGCCAUCGUUGCAAAUAUAGAAGAAUAAGGAAGAAUCUCAAUUGUCUUUCCUUGAUUCCUUGCAUUCACCAGCCCCACCUCCUCCUCAAAACCCAUUGGAUGAGAAAGAAUGCAAGGAAUCAAGGAAAUGAAAUUGAGAUUCUCCCUAGUCCUCUAUUCAACUCUAUGUUGACACUUCACACAUAAAGACACUGGGGGGCGCUCUAGAUCUGUGGUUAGGUUACUGUCUAAUGGUUCAGGUCAGGACUAUUCUUAGAUCAGUGGUUAGGAUAGUGUGUAAUGGUUCAGGUUGGGACUGGGUCAGGGGAAUCUGGUCCUAGAUCAGUGGUUAUGUUAGUGUGUAAUGGUUCAGGUUAGUACUGGGUCAGGGGAAUCUGGUCCUAGAUCAGUGGUUAGGUUAGUGUGUAAUGGUUAAUCUAAUCACACACACACACAACUGAGCAUAUGGAUGUUGGAGAUGGACAACCAGGGUUAUAUUCUGUUCUGUUAUUCUCUAUAUAUCCUGUUGGAUAUAGACAACCAGGGUUCUGUUCUGUUCUGUUAUUCUCUAUAGAUCCUGUUGGAGAUGGACAACCAGGGUUAUGUUCUGUUCUGUUCUGUUAUUCUCUAUAGAUUCCGUUUGAGAUGGACAGCCAGUUUCUGCUGAUGCCUAAACGACCAAUCAAACUGAGGCUGGCACCCCGUAGCAACACCCCUAGCAACACCACCACCACCUCUCUGAAGAGUCCAAACACAUGACCAAAUGCAGGAGUACCUUACCCUACCAUCUAUCUAUCUAACAUAU